GCCGAUGUGUCGUGUAUAUCUGUACUGUAGCCUGUAGGCGCCAAGCGGUUGACUUAGACUCGCGUAUAAAGUGAAAGUGAUUCAUUCUUCAUCAGUAAAAGACAAAAUGUCUUUAAACGUGCAGCUGUGAGCAUUUUUUUUUACCACAAACUAGUUUGUUGUGUUCCCAAAAAAUUUGCGACGGUGACUUCACAAUUAUGGUCGCUGAACGCCAGAAAAGUGCAGCAGUCCACUGGUUGUCGCCAUCGACGUUUGGUCUAUGUUAUAUCGUCGCUGUGUUUUUUACGAUAUUGGACGAUGUAAAUGGCCAAGCACAGCCAAUUCCUGCUCAAGAACAGCAGCCCCCACCGGUUCAACCCACAGCGCCAUGGUACGAAACCUUGCCAGCCGUCGCUAUGGAUUACAAAGUAAUCAUUGAUCCAGGCAAAGAGGAUUGUUAUUUUCAAUUUGUCAAUCCUGGAGCAACUUUUUACGCAAGCGCUCAAGUACUAAGAGGUGGUGAUGGGAUGGCUGGUUUUGCCGUCAGACAUCCCAAUGGCCAGAUCGUUCACCCAUAUCAGUGGAAAGCCAGCUCUGAUUACCAAGACCAAGAGUCCACAGGAGGUUACUACAGUGUUUGUAUAGAUAAUCAGUUUUCAAAGUUUGCUGCCAAAUUAGUAAAUUUGUACAUCACUGUUAUUAGGUAUGAUAAAUGGGAUGAAUAUCAUAAAGAAAUAGAAGAUAUGAAUGUCGGCGUAGAAAAUUUUACAUCUACCGUGAAAUCAGUUGAAAAUAACAUAAAUCACAUGUUGCAACAUCAACACCAUGUCCGCAGUCAAGAAAAUCGCGAUUAUAAUCUAUUGAUUGAUAACAAGACAUAUGUAAACAGAUGGUCUAUAAUGCAAAUUUUGUUAAUAAUGGGAACAACAACUUUACAAGUAUAUUUUGUUCGUAAAUUAUUUGAAACUAAGGCUGGAAAGUCAAAAACGAGGGCUUAAAAAGAAUAUCAUAUUUGUGUGUGUAUAAUAUUAUGUUAUUUUAUUAUUAUGUCAUUCCUUUUUUUUUUUUUUUUAGGAUAAUGCAAU